AUGUCAGUCGGCGGGCCUUGUCUUUGGUUGCCUUCUUUAUCUUCGCCGGUUCCCUCACCCCUGUCAGCAGUCUCCUCUCAUCUCUCUGCCCGGAGUAGUGACCGAUUCUCUUUGGGGCCCCGGAAUAUCUCACCACGGUUAUCUGUGCAGAAGAAAGAGGAGCCUGGAGUUCCUGCUUCCAUUCCCUCUCGUUUUGCUGAGAUGCAACCGACGGGACACAGGGCUGAGAAUGCCUUAGGUCACUCGGGAGCACAGCCGUCCGGAAUGGCUGCUUCAGUGCCGUAUCCCGGGAGAGAUGUCUCAUCGCGGGAUACCAUCAACCACAGGUUGGAAGCGGCAAAACAGGAUAUGUUGCCAGGCGUCAAGUUGGAAAUUCCGAGUUUGAACCAGCGGGUGUUUUCCGCUACUCAGCCCCUGGUCGGGCAUGGUGGUCACUCUGAAGAGACCGUUGUUUCAUCUUUUGCGGGUUCCCACGAUCCGAGAGACGAUCAUGGACCAGAGUCGACGGUUAGUCCUGAUGAUGAUAAAGAUAUGAUGGGAAGCGACGACAACAAUAGAUCACCGUCGAUGGAAAAAAAGAAGAUGAAGCGAUUCCGUCUAACACAUAACCAAACCCGAUUUUUGAUGAGCGAGUUCACUCGCCAGGCACACCCCGAUGCUGCUCAUCGAGAACGUCUAUCCAAGGAGAUUCCAGGAUUGACACCUCGCCAGGUUCAAGUCUGGUUCCAAAAUAGACGGGCAAAGCUUAAGCGUCUCACUACAAACGACCGUGAGAGAAUGCUCAAAUCUCGGGCCCUUCCAGACGACUUCGACACGACCAAAGUUCUUCGCACGCCGUUUGAGGGCAAGUCCUCGGGAGUCACACCAGUGGCGUCACCAUCAGGAUACUCGGCUCCGAACCCUGACUUCGGAGCCUUGAGGACAUUGCGUACAGAACGAUUCCCCCGGCCGAAUGAAGACGAAUAUCUCGUUUCACCCCUCAGCUCAGCAUCAACAGCAGGUCCUUACAUGUCAUCAACGGGACAGGGACAGAUGUUCCGCCCAGCUGCAUCCGCCUCCAUGUCCGAUCUACAUCGAAACGUGCGCAACGACUACUCAAUCACCCGAUCCAGCAGUCUAUCCGAUGCAUCGGCCCAUCCUUCCCCGUAUGCGGGGUACGGGAUGCCUAAUCGCUUCGCGGGACCGCAGGCGAAUCAACCAGGCAUGCCCUACAUGAGUCGACCGAUGGAGUACGCCGUUCCCCGACACCCAGGCAUCCCAGCAUACGAUCAGCACCAAUCGUUCGAGGGCUCCGUGUCACCAACAGAAUCUCACAAUGCACAUAUGGCCUACGACAUGAACCCUCUAGGCUCUCAACCACCCAACUAUAACCUGGGCAUGGCUUCUCAAUUGCCUACUCAAGGCCGCCCCUUGGCUAUGCAGAAUCUGCCGGUUUCUGCGGCCCCGGAUUAUCGUCACUACGCUUACGAUACUACCGCUGCCCCCAUGGGCUCCAUCCCUUAUACACAGUCCAAUCCUUCGAAUUUGACCCUCCCAUCCUCCUUCGGCGCUGAGUCUGGUUCUAAAUUUGGGACCUCGCCUUACAAUUACGCCAAUUAUAUUCAGCAGUGA